AUGAUCUUCACUGAUGAAGAAGAUAACAGGUUCUCAAUUCAGGUUGCUGCAACAGCGGAGAAUUGUCUUCUUACUUUAUACCCAUACUUGGCAUUUCACGGCUCCAAUCAACAAAUUAUCCUGAGAAGCGACAGUAAAGACUGCAAUAGUGGAGAAGUUGUUCUGCAACCACGUUUUAUUCCACAAUCGUUUUCCCAUAGUCCUUCCUCAGGUUCCUUUGGUGCAACCACUCACUCAACCUAUGCAGAUUCUCAGUCAGACUCAGAUGCAGCUUCAGAGAGUGAUGAAGAGAUAAGUCAGGAGAGGGAAGAUGUCAGCGGAAGUGAUAAGAGAAAAAAUAAAUUUGAACCAUCAUUUUUUCCAGAUGAAAAGAAGUACAGCUUCUUUCACCAAACCCUAACUGCUGUUAAGAAUUGGUUCACACUCUUUGGUUGGUCCAAGGGACAAAAUCCUAUUUCAGUACCUCAUUCACUGAGACGUGAUGUGUGUAUAGUCCAUAUGACUGUUUCUCAAGACAAGACUUCAAAACAAAAUGUUGGCAAAGCUAUGAAGACUUUUUGUGAGAUGUUAUUCCAUCUGAGUGGACAGUCAGUAACAGGCAUUGCAUUGAGCCCAGCAUUGCCCCUUGAUCCAGUGGAACGAAUGUUGCAGCUCCACUGGCAGCAUUCUACAUUGCUUUCUCUCCUUAAAAGCCAAGGAGCAUACCUUGCUCAUGUGAUGCCAGAAUUUCUGCUUGAACCUGAAGAUUAUAAGAAAUGGAUUAAAGUACAAACUGCGAGGAAGGGUCAAGUGGCUGAGUCAAAAAAAGAUGUGAAAACCUCAAGCAGCUGUGACAAGCAGAUGUUUGUCCUGGAGGACAAUGUGUUUGAGACAAUGAGCAAACGAGCUUGGACUGAUGUGCUACUGCAGAUAUACAAGGUGUUUGUUCUUCGACGUGUUCCUUCCCAUAGUCUCACUGACUCAUCCAGCUUGGAGAUUAUACAGAACAUGCCAAGAAUAAAAUCAGAACCUUUAUCCAGUAAUAUAUAUUCUCCACAUGAGCGAACCAUCCUCACCUGGUUGAAUAAACAUUAUGAGAAGAAUCGAAAAAUUGUGUGGAAAGAUUGUGAAAAAGGUGAAGUACCACCAAUGAGAUGGAUAGUGAAUUUUGACCGAGAUCUUCUAGAUGGUCUGGUAUUGGCAGCACAAGUGGCAGCUUAUUGUCCAUAUCUGAUUGCUACUCACUUUGUAAGGAUGUACACUAGUCCAAGGACUCAUGAACAGUUCCUGCACAACUGUUUGAUACUUGUGAAUGCAAUGCAAGCUGUUGGUCUGGCUAUAGGCAUCAAGGCCACUGAUAUCUGUGAUCCAAAUCCUGUCAUGAUGCUUAUUUUGUGUGUCUACCUGUAUGAAAGUCUCCCUCACUACCUGCCCAAGAACACUAUAGAAUUUACAGGUGCUCUCCAUGCAACUGUGGUUAAACAGGUGUGUCUGAAGAACCCAAGCAGUAAAAGGUUGAUGUACAAUGCUGUUCUUCUGGGAAGAGAUGCUGAUGAUUUCUCAAUACCUAAAGGAAACACUGUCACCAUUGCCCCUCAGAAACAGGAGUGUGUGACUGUGGCAUUCCGGAGCCGUUUCCUGCGCCCUGCUGAAGCUGUGCUGCUACUGAGCUCCAAGAGAGUCGGGGGAAUAGAUGGUGCCACACUGACAUUCUCUCUGAAAUCUGAAGUCAAACAUAUUGAGCCUGCUGGUAAAAUAAAGUGCAAAUCCCCAUGUUAUGAGCUGAAGAAAGUUAGCCUAAAUGUGACUAAUCCCUUCGGAACUGAAGGCAUAUUCAGGGUCAUUUUGUUGGAAUCCAGAACCUGCUUAAUGCAGCCAAAGCAAGUGAAUCAAGCUAGGCAAGUAAAGCAAGAGCAAACAUUCAGCUUAGUGAUCCAUGCAGGUUCCAGUGGCCUCACAGCUCCUCCUGCAUCCUCAUACUCCAGCCGUCUGAGUGAUUUCGUGCCCCUGCUCUGGCAGGUCCAUGUCUUUCCUGCCGUGGGGACUGGAGAGCUGGAUGCAGCUCUCUGGAUUGGAGAAUUUGUAUACCUGAUAGAGGGAAGAGGUGAUAUACCUUUGCCUUCGAAAUUGCCUCCAAUGCACAGUCCAAAUGUUUUGCAUACGAGCAGCACAUUAGAAGGUCCAAGUACAGUAAAGCCAGUGUUAUAUUUGAAAUGUGGACUUGCUCAGAUUCUUGAAGAAAACCUGAGGAUUCCACUGGUCAAUGAAUCAAGAGAGAGAGCUCUGGCAAUUGCUGCAGAGCAGCAGAUGUCAGCGACCGAAUACGAGAGAAGAUCCAUCACAGGGACUCUGCAGGGCAGCAGUGUUCGAGUUGCCACUGCCUUGUUAGGGCUGUCCACAGUGGAGAGACAUGAACUUCUGAAACCUCGUAAAUACCCCCCAGAGCUGAAGUAUGUGGAUUACAGUGUAGAAGUGAGCAUGGAAGAAUUCUUUGAAGUUCCUAAAAAGUUGUCUAUUCCAGUAUUGGCAUCAAGCAGAGUUGACUUGAAAGCUUCAUCUGCAAAAAUCCUUUCAUCUCAUAAAACAGAUGGAAGGGAUACAGUUGAGCUUCCUAUAAAAUUCACUCCUGGCCAGGCUGGUUGCUAUCGGUGUCAGAUUCUUCUGAAGUCCUCCCACGAUGUUCGGGUCUAUGAGAUUGAAUGUGUAGUGAAUACAGACCAGGCCGAAGCAGAGCUUGAAUUUCUAACUCCAGCUUGCCAGGCUGUGACUCAGGAUAUACCAAUUACUAACAUAUCCAGUGAGGACUGGAAACUUGAAGCAGUUUUGGAAGGACAGGGAUUUUAUGGCCCUCCUCUAAUAAAUGUGGGUGUAGGUGAAACAGCUCUGUAUCCUCUCACAUUCAAUCCUGUUGCUGAGUGCAUAACAACGGGAAGGCUGAUUCUGCAAAAUGCUACAGCUGGCAUUCAAAACAUCUUUAGUCUUAAGGGAAUAGGGAAGAAACCUCUGGCACAGAGUGUUGUGAUAGAUUGCCAAGUGAGAAAGGUCACUCGAAAAAUUUUAUGGGUGCCCAAUCACACCAAGAACAAGAUAACAUACAAG